UUUUUUUUUUUUUUUUGUUCUCGCUCAUUUGACUGAUUCGACUUCAUUGAUUACUUCGGUGAGGAUGCUGUGGACAUGCUGAGGGUUUAAGUCAUAUAGGCCCCUCGUACCAAGGCUGCUACACGCCGUGGGUACGUGCCAUGGCAUCUAGCCCGAAAAGUAAAUAUAUAGACGAUCUCAGAAAAGCGGCAUCAAUGGAAGCGGGUUCUGCCGAGAAAGAGAAAACGAGCGAAGCUUCCGAAGAAAAAUUGUUCGGCACUGACCCUGAGAACACCGAGGACGAUGGCGCGGAGGACUUGUACGUUUUAGAUGAAGAGGAGCUCGAGAAUCUUGAGAAGACAAUGACUGACGAUGAGAAAAAGGCCAACAAGGAACGUGCACUAAGCCUUAAAGGAGAUGGCAAUGUGAGCUUCAAGGCAGGCCAGUACCUUGAUGCCAUGGAGGCUUACACACAAGCAUUGAAGAUAUGUCCCCUCUCAUCCUCAGAAGAACGCUCUGUUCUUUAUUCAAACAGGGGUGCCACAUGGGCGAGGCUGGAAAAGAAGAAAUUGGCAAUAAAAGAUUGUACAAAAGCCAUUGAGCUAAAUCCCUCCUAUUUGAAGCCUGUCUUAAAGAGGGCUUGGCUCUACAAGGAGACGAAAAAUCUGGAUGAGGCUUUGAAGGACUACCAACACAUCCUGGAGCUGGAUCCCAGUAAUGGAGAAGCGAGGCAUGCAUGCAUGACACUACCUGAUGAAAUCAAAGAGAGAAACGAGAAACUACAAGCUGAAAUGAUCGACAAGUUGAAGGAGCUUGGAAACCUUGUUCUAAGGCCCUUUGGUAUGUCAACUGAUAACUUCAAGCUUACAAAAGAUGGGGAAGGGGGUGGGUACAAGAUACAUUUCCAGAAGUGAAUGUAUUGUAAAGUGAAACCAAAUAAAAUACACAUUUUACUCGUUGUCC